AAAAGAAGCUGCAAGGGCAGCUGUCAAAAAUUUUAAUGUUUAUCUUCAAGGAGUAUUCAAGGAGUAUAAGAAAAUAUGGGCACUAAUGAAAGCACAAGUCCAGUAAAUAAUUUAAGUCUUGACAAUGAACAAAAGAUGUCAAAUGAAACAAGUUAUACAUUUGCUAAUAGUCCUACGACUAAUGUUUCAUCAGUACUAUUAUGUAGCACACCGAUUAGAAAUAAAAAGGUGACUAUUAGAAAAAAGAAAAAUGUUAAAAAAAAUGGACAAUCUAAAACGCCAUUGAAUAAUUUGAGAAAAAGGAAUAAUUUAUCUAUUAUAAGAAGAGAAAAAGCAUUGAACAAAACACCUUUGAAAAUUAUAAAUAAUAUGAACUUGAUACCAAACAAUAAUUCUCAAAUAAAUCAAAAUAAUAAUUUAAAUACUAUACAGUAUAAUAUUGAGGUAACACAGACGCCACGUAGUAAAAAAUUUAAGCAAACCAAAUUAGUAUUUCAUAAGACAAUGGAAACAAUGGAAUCAUCGUACAAUAGAAGAUUAAAUAAUACUCCCGUAUUGACAAAGUCCAAUAAAUCUCCACGUAAUCAGGAAAAAGUUUUAAGACAAAGUACACUGACUGAUAUGAUAGGCUCAAAAAGAAAGGAAAAUAAUUUACACUUCAAUAAUAUUUAUAGUCAAAGCGAAAGAUGCAACGACACAGUAAAAAGUACAGAGAUAAAGAAUGAAUUAAUGUGUCAUCAAGAAUGUGAAACAAAUGAUCCGUUAAACAUUAGCAAUAAAUCAGAUUCAACUUUUCUUUCAGAAUAUGAAAACAAUAUAAGUCUUGAUGAAAGUUUGGAUACUAGUUUUAAUUUUGAAAAAAGUUCUUCAUCUUCAGAAAAAUUAACAAAUCAACCUGAUGAAUCUACGGAUCAACUUACUAAAAAGGAGAAAAUCAAUCAUUUAUUAGGAGCAAAGGAAAAUGUAAUAAAUAUCAUUGAUUUAGAUGAGUCAACAGAAACAAGUAUUGAAUCAUCUACAGAUGGAAGCUAUAAAAAAUGCAAAAGGCUCAGAGAAGAAGAAUGCUGUCAAUACGACAGUAAUAAUCCAAUUAAGAAAGAAGCCACACCAAUGGAUUUUUGUACUGUUAUGUUGCCUGAUAAUUAUUCGAAUACCACUUAGUAUUUCCAUUAUUUAUAUCUAUAUAUUUAUCAAAAAUAUUAUUACAAAAAUUUGUUCCCGUUCGAUCACUGAAGUUAAACAAUGGACAUGGUUAAUACUUGGAUGGAUGGAUGAUCGCUUUGAAACACAGUGUGUUGUUGACUCCUUAUAAAGGUGAUAGAAGUAUGAAAAGGUGUUGUUAAGUCUCCUCAGAAAGGAGAUUAAUAAUGACAAUGAACUCAUAAAUGAUACGAUAAACUUUUUAUAUAUAUUACUAUAACAUUAGAGAGAGAAAGAGAGAGGAUUGAAAUAUUUUAGAUAAGACCUUGAUUUUAUAUAUACUUUAUAAGACUUUAUGUUUGUAUAGGAAUGUAUACAAAGUAUUUAUUCUUUCAAAAGAGAAAUCUAUAAUAAAAAGUAAUAGUGUUUUAUGUAAUUAUUCAUAUGUUUACACAGCUAAAAUUAAGCAUAAACGUAAAGAUUGUAUACAAAUUUGAUUAAAAUGUGAUAUAUGACAAAAUUUUAAACUA